AGAGACCGGUGUCAGAAAUGUUGUACUUUUUACAUCGCGCGCGUCCCAGCUUAGUGUAAAGUUUGAAGUCUAGUGGUCCAUUUUUCGAAAGUGAGUGUGAUUUUACCGUUAGUUUCAGAUGAGUUAUUAUUAAUUUUGUUAAUUAUAAACAGUUUUGACAAUUUUCGUGAUGUCAGAUGUUCUAAGAACAAGUGAAAUAGACCGACUCCUCAAUGAAAGUAGUUCAGAAGAUGAGCAAAACAUUGACUUUUCAGAUGACAGUGGGGAAGUGAUAGAAUACAACGAAUUUUCGGAUGAUAGUGAAGUAGAAGGUGACAAUGGAAGUGAAUGAGAAACCAGUUAUUUCGUUGAUGAAAAUUCUCCCGAACAUGAUGAUAUUGAGUUUAUUCUUGGGAAGGAUGGUAGAACAAUCUGGUGUACGUUUGAAGUAGCAACAAUCAGCAAGACUAAGAAUAAAAAUAUCAUAGGAAUUCUCCUUGGUACAAAGAAGGUGGCUAAGAAUGCAAAAGAUAAAGUUGAAGCAUUUUUAUCUGUUAUCAGCCUUGAUAUGAUCGAUGAGAUUUCAUAUUGCACUAACCAGCAUAUUGUAUCUUUAGCACCUCAAUUCAAAAGAGAGCGAGAUUGUUUAAAAUCGAAUAGAACUGAAGUGGCCUGAAGAAACAAAAAUUGAGAAAUAAAAAAAAAUUCAAACAUUGAAUGAAAGGUCAACACCAUUUUGGACCUAAACCCUACUUCAUACACCCGAUUCAAAACGUGACUGUUAACACUGGAAGGGAAGCUGUUCUCACAUGUGCUAUCGAAAAUCUUGGAGAACACAGGAUUGGGUGGCUGCGCUCGGAGGACCAGACAGUGUUGAGCAUGCACACAGACAUGGUUAGCCGCGACCCGCGUUACUACCUUCGCCAGGACGACAACCGCAUCUGGCAGCUGCAUAUCCAAAAAAUCCGACCCGAAGACAAAGGCUGCUACAUGUGCCAGGUCAACACCAAGGUCAUGAUCAACCAGAUCGGCUGUAUCGAUGUACACGAGCCGCCGGACAUAGUGUACGAGGAGACAAGCAGCGACAUAGCAGUGUUGGAGGGGGACAACGCGACCCUCGAGUGCAAGGCAGUCGGCCACCCUGAGCCCAGAGUCCUCUGGCGACGGGAGGAUGGAGCUAAUAUCUUAUUUAGGCGUUCGCUGAGAGAUGCCAUCGUCGAUAGGAUGGAGUUCUACAAUGGAAGCAAGAUGCCUCUGCUGCGUGUGGACAGGAGACAGAUGGGUUCAUAUCUAUGUAUUGCCAGCAAUGACGUACCUCCAUCCGUUAGCAAGCGUAUCACUCUCAAUGUUAACUUUGCUCCCGGAAUAAAAGUUCCGAAUCAGCUUCUAGGGUCACCGCUCGGUUCUGACGUCCAUCUUGAAUGUCACGUGGAAGCAUUCCCGAAUGCUAUCAACUAUUGGGUGAAGAACAGGGGAGAGAUACUGCUCGAAGGAAACAAGAUCAAAAUCUUCGAGAACAAGUACAUCUACAGAGUUAUCAUGCGGAUGGUGAUAAAGAAGUUCUCUUAUGGGGAUAUCGGCACCUACCAAUGUAUUUCCACCAAUUCUCUGGGAAAAGCCGAAGGCACUCUACGCUUGUAUGAGAUCAAACUAUAUGAACCAGCUGAGAACAAUAGCUCCGAUGAGCAAGCAUCUUAUCUUGGAGGUACAUCAAGCAAGAACAUGGCCGGCUCCACAAAUCUGGCGGAAGGCUUAGUAUCAACCACUUCUUCUUCAGAAUUUCCUCUGAAAAUCAUAUUCGUGAUCAUCUCCCACUUGAUGAGUCUGUGGCUGUGGAUACCAAUAGCUCAUCACCCUGCACAACUUGCAUAACUUGAACUGGUGAAGAUGAUCAACUGAUAAAAAAGCCAAAUAUGAAUCCACGGAAAUAAGGGUCAAAAUAAUGUAAUCAGUAUUACCUUUAUAUGUUGUGUAAUGUUAGGUUAGAUACCCACUACUACCUUCUUCCAUGCUUUUAUGUAGUCUGCUCAAAUCCUGGUGAUAAACUUACUCCAUAUUAUGUUGAUCCCUGACCAUAGUUACUACUAUGAUUCCUAUCUAGGAUAAUUAUGAUAGAGUAACAUUAACAUUACUCCACCAUUAUUAUGAUAGAGUAACAGUAAUGAGUACCAGUAACGAGUACUGGCAAAGAGUGGCAGUAACGAGUACCAGUACCAGGUCUAUAUAGUCUGCCCAGACUGCCAUGAGUGCUUGAAGAUUAAGCCGACCCUCGCUCCCCACGCGCAGGCACACACGCCUGGCCUACCUGCACCAUUCAUAUACCAUGUAUACUACGUAGUAUACAGGUAGCCAGACCGUCCCUUUACUCACACACACACAAAAGGAGACUGCGCUUGUGUGUGUGAGCAGUGGGAGGGUCGGCCUAAUCCUUCAGCGCUCAUGCCUAUUUGGACAGAGUAUAAGAGAUAACUUGAGAACAAAUUGGGAAGAUUGUGGAUCUUUCUUCAAAUCAUGGUUGUUUCAACUUACACUAUCAUUUUAGAGAACGACAACUACAUUGAUUCUCAAUUGAAUUUGUUAUUAUUAAAAAUACAAUUUUCUGUGUCCCCACACGUGAUUGGCUCAAUGUCAGUGGCACGUUGUCCAUGUUGGGACAUACAAUUGAAUAUGAACAAUACAUUAAUCUAUAAGUUACUUGAUUAGUUGGAGGAACAUCAAAAAAAUAUUAAUUGUGCAUCUAGGCGGUGUAUAGUGGAGUUAUUUUCAUGAAAUGAUUGAAGUGAAUUCUUUUAAAUCUCUAAAGACCUGACCUAAAUCAAAGUUUUUGUUAAAUCAUACUGAAUUCAUAUGCAUUAUAGAAAUAGUUCUCUUGAAUGGUGAAUUUUGCGAAUAAAAUGAAAAAUAAUAUCCCAGGAAAAAAUUUGAGGUUGGAAAACAAAAGUUUUUUAAUUCUCUGAAUAUAAAACUGCUGCUACAAUAAGGGCCGUUUGCACAGUAACAGUUUAAACUAAAUUUUAUUUUGAACUGAAUUAAAUCUUAUAAAUUCUAGUUCGUUAUUAUGUGAUUCAUUCUGAGUCUAAGCCACCAGCUGAUUAGAUUCAGUUUAAGCUUUGUAUGUGCAAACAGUCCUAAGUGAAUCACGCAGUUGCUGUCAACAUAAUGUUUGAAGUUAAAAAAAUUCUCUUACAGUAUUUCAAGUGUUCCUCAAUGGAAAUGUCCCAACCUGGGCUACAUUACCCUACAAAAAUUUAAAAUGAUACAAUAGUUGAAAGCUGGUAACCAUUGAUAAUUUCUGUGAAUUAGUUAUUAUCAUUCAUUUGAGUAAUAAGAAACUCAACUCAAAUCACUAGGAAUGUAAAAAGAAGGAAUGUGAAGAGUUUUUUAUUUUGUUAAAUUAUAUGAAAAUUGUGACUAAAGUAAUAUGGAAUAUCAAGUUCAUCAUUUUAUAAUAAUUAAUGUGAAGGAACACAAUAAGUAGCCUAUUGCUGUGGUUAACCUUCUGUACUCAGAAAGCAACAUAAAUAUUAUGUUGAAAGUGACAUAAUUAUGUUCAGCAACAUAGUUGUUUCUGACACUUUUGAAAUACGGUAGCCUGUGCAAAACAUUUAAAUUUCUAGGCACUUUUAUCUCAAAAAGUGAUAAUCAAAAACGGGAGUUUUUUUUUAGAGACAUCCACCAACUUGUUAGUAUCCAAAUAGAAAAGUAUUGAAAAAUGAUGUCACACAUGUGAAAAUUUUUCAAAAAAACAUGCUGCUCAGCCUACACACUUUUCAAACUUAUAAUAAUAAUGUAAAAUUGCAUAUCAUAUAGUAAUAUUUUCAAUUUUUGGUAACAAAGUUAUGAAAGUAGUGUGUUUUUACUGCCGGGCAAUGUUUUGUUAAUUAAUUAUUGUUCAAUUUGAUAACUCUCUUUCACGAUAUUAUUUCAAGAAUGUAGGUAGGCUACUAAUCAAGUGUGUAUGGGAUUUCAAUAUCGAUUGUUUAAAAUUUUGAUACAUUCAUUCCGAUUUCACUUGUUCCGAUAUAAUUGCAUCAUAUCAACAUUCAGGCUCCAUUAAUCACACUUACGCGACUCAGGUCGAGAAGAGACUCGACUCUAGUCGAGAGCAUGUGUUUCCAAAUGGUGACACUCAGACCGGUUGAUUCUAGUCUCCGCGAUGUCACCAUUUGAAAAUACAUGCUCACGACUAGAGUAGAGUCUCUUCUCAACCUGAGUCGUGUAAGUGUGAGUUAAGCCAAUACCUACUAUUACUUGAGCCAUACUGUUCUAUAUUAUCGUGAUUAUUAUUUGAAGAUGCUCAUUCGAUAUAAAAUUAUGGUUAUCCCAUAUUUUUAACAAUACCUAAUAAGCAUGUUCCCAGUAUGACUGAAGGACUUGAUAUCGUUCUCUUCGAUAUUUGCUUUUAGUUAUCACAUCACGAUUCAUCUCUUAAUUUUUUAUCUUAUAUUGUUUUAUGAUAAUUAUUAUACUUUGUAAAAUCUUUGUUUUUAGGGUGGUUUUGUGUGCGUGUGUGAGUGAAUGGCAACUUGAUUAGAUCUUAAGUUUUUAUAGGAUUUAUCAAGUGGUUUUGAAAUAUAUUGUUUUUCAAUUGUAUUUUAUAAAUUAAGUUCAAGAUUCUCUUCUAUUACAUAUGUGAUUGUAUUUUGAAUAAGAAUCUUAUUUAAUAGUAUGUAAUCUAUUUUUUUGUAUUCUUAUGUAUAUAAUUUUCUCCUUAUUUUGUAAAGGGUUGUGUGACAGAGAGGACCAGAAGUCCUAACUCCACCCCAAUAAAGGCAAAUAAUCAAUCAAUCAAUCCCUACAUCAAAGUGCCAAUAAAAUGAAAAUUUAUCCCCUUUAUCAAUUAUUUCGAGAGUAGGCUUGGAUUAAAAAAGAUCACAUCAUAUCUAAAGAAAGGUUUCCCAUCAAGUCUUGUUUAUAUAGGCUGAUAAUAAACAAUAAAAGAUGUAAAUUAUGGGAAUUACAUCAAGAGUUAUGAACUAGCUACUGUAUUAGAUGAAUAACUAUGCAUACUAUUUAUAAUGUCACACACUAUUUAUGCUGCUCAGCAAUAUUGAUUUGAGUUUGAAAUCGAUUUUGAAAAUGUGUGAUAAAAAAUGUUAUUAAUAUUGAAUGAUAUUAGAACUGAAACUAUCAAUAUUUUUGUAAACAAUUUUUUGAUAACGUCCAUAUAUUUCUAUCGCUUGUUGGUUCAAAAUCUAUAAUAUUAUUAUCAUUAUUAUUACCGUAUAUUAUGAAUAGUGGAUAAUUAUAUUUUCACAACUAGGAAUGGUGAAUCUGAAAUUGAAGAUGGGAAGUGUAUUAGCAUAUAAACUUUGUAAAUCCUUCUCUACUGCUUUAUGCCCGGUUGCAGAGUCGUUACAUAAAAUCAAACAUAGCUAUGUGAGACAUAGUUUAAAAUCACUGACAUAAAUGGUUGGUCGUUGCACAGUCGUUUCUCGAAGCCCAUUUAGCUAUAUCGAAUUAGCAUCACACAUAGGUCACACUGCAGCUCUAUUCACUUUUUUUCCGUAUAUUUCCGUACAUGCUUCUAUCCAACCAAUUUCUUGACAUCGGGGAAAGUGAACAGACCUAAAAGACCUCACAUAAAAUUGAUAAACCAUAAUGGUGAAUCUUGGCUUUUGGCGAGAUUUCUCACCAUAUUUAGCAAAUACCUUAAAGAGAUGUUAUCGGCAGAGCAAUAAUAAUAAUAAUAAUAAUAAUAAUAAUAAUAA